AUGUCCUCCGACUGUCUAACUCCCGAACAACAUGCCAUCUACAAAUCCCCAAUCUAUCUCUGCUUCAUCACAUGGAAUCUACUUAUCGCAACUCUCACCUUCAUCCUAACCUUCUUCGCCCUAAAAUCCCUAAUCUAUCGUUCAAUUCUCCCCAAACCCACAAUUCUUCUCCUAAUCUCUCUACUCAUUUUCGGCAAUAUCCAUCAACUAUUCUACAUUCUCAUGAAAAUCCGCUUCAUUUUCCGCGUCUUCUCCGCCGAAUCCCCCUGUGAUAUUUUGGAUUAUGCGGUGAAUUGUCGAGUUAUCACAAGUGGAAUGUUGGGCGCGGCGUGGGGAUGUGUAUUCAUGCAGAUUGCACUGUCUUUUGAGCGCAUGCUGGCCACGGUUUUUGAGGCGGUGCAUAGGAAAUUGAGGUAUUGGUAUUGUGGAGUGAGUAUUGGAUUUGUGGUGAGUUUGGGGCUGGGCUUGGGGACUGGGCCUCGGUUUAGGCUUGGGGAUAUGGAUUUAGUACUUCAGGCUAAAACGCAUUUAUCAACCAACAAAAAUCAGCUUUCAAAUAAAACAUUUUUUUGAAACAGUGAAUUUUUUUUCCUAAAAAUCGGGCCUAGACUAGGAUUAGGCUUGGGAUAUAGAUUCAGAAAUCAAUGCUCAUUGCCACGUGUAUUUUUGACUAAAAACAUCUUGAAUCUUGAAAUUCAGAAUCUUGAUUUCAAAAAAAUUUAUUCUGAAAUUUCAGAUCCCUAGAAUUUUGGCCUAGAAUCUAAGGCUCCUAGGCUUUAGGGCCUUUAGGCUCCAGGCCCCUUAGGCCUUAUUGUUAGGGCUCUUAGGCUCCAGGGCCCUUAGGCUUUACGAGGGGAAAUCAGGCCUGAUCCUAACAUGUCUCUUCAAAUUCUUUAGACCAAAAAUCUAAACUUUCAUAAUUCAAAACGAAUUGAAUGUACCAACAAAAAAUUAAUUUUGAAAAACAAAAACAUUUUUUGAAACAGUGAAUUUUUUUCAAAUUAUUUUUCAUCUUAAGGGCCCUUAGGCUUCAGGGUUGUUAGGCUACCGUUCCUAAUUUAUUUUUAAUCAGUUCAACCUGAAAUUAGGCCUGAUCUUAACUUGUCUCCUAGGCUUCCAAAAUUCAAAACCUAUUUCAAUUCGCGAUUGCAAAAAUCAACCAAAAAAAAUUAAUUUUCAAAAACAAUAACAUUUUUUUGAAACAGUGAAUUUUUUUUCGAAAUAUUUUCUAUAUUUUCAUGAUUCAGAACUUUCAACUGAAAUAUCAAAAAAAUCUCGCCAGAAUAAUUUAAUUUUGAUGUGACAAAAAACGAUUCCUUUAGUCAUCAACAAAAAAUUCAAAUUUGAAAUGAAAACUUUUUUUGAAACAGUAAAAUUUUAUUUUUUUGUUCAAUUAUUUUUUCCAAAAAAAAAUUCUUGCCAAAAUAUAAUUUUGAUGUCAAAAAAAUUAGAAUGAAGACUUCAGAUUAUCAACCAAAAAUUCAAUUUACAAUUAGCAAUAAAAUUUUUUUGAAACAGUAAAAUUGUUCAAUUAUUUUUCUAGUUCUGCUCCUCCUUCUCCCUAAUCCCAAUUAUCUCAAAUCAAGAUUCCGGAGAAGAUCGAGUUCAAAAUUGUGGAUAUCUAUCAACACAAGCCGGUCAAACAAUCAAUAUGAUCAAUGACAUUUUUCUGAUUUUCACAAUUUUUCAAGUGUUUUUUGACAUUUUACUAUUGAAGUACAGUGUAGUUUUGGAGAAGCGGUGAGUUUUUUGGGGGCAAAUAUUCAACCAAAUGUUUGGCAGUAUUGGAAAAAUUUUAUUGAAAUUUUAAAUACACAAUUUUUGAAACAGUGAAUUUUUUAUGAAUAUGGAGAGCCCGGCGGCUAGAGUUAAUAGUAAAAUGAGAGACACAGAGAAGCUAGGCAGCUAGAAAGCUAGAGAAAAUGAGAGACGCAGAGACUUAGAGAAGCAUAAGGGCUAGAGGCACAGAGGGACUCACACUCGCUCCGCUCGAGAGAGCGUGUGCAAAAACGAGAGAGCUAGGUAUUUAGUAUGCGGAUUUGAGAGACGCAGAGAGAUCAGGCGACUAGAGUAUAUGGUAAAGUGAGAGACGCAGGGGGACUUACACUCGCUUCGCUCGUGAGACGCAGAGAAGCCAGACGGCUAGAGUGUAUGGGAAAGUGAGAGACGCAUACUCGCUCUGUCUCCUCUGCCACGUGACAAAUUAUCGAUUAAAAAUUAAUUUUUUUGCAGAAAAAACUUCAAAAUCACGGAAAGAUAUCAAUCAAUCGAAUCGCUAAAAUCCACCCAAGCCAUGUUUUUCCUAUCAAUCUCACAUUUCUUUUUCACAAUUCUAAACCUGACAAUUAUCGUAACUCUGAAUUAUUUGCGAUCAUUCAUCUCAUUUCAAAUCUUAUCCCUAAUUUUGACAGUGAUCUAUGUAAGUUCUGCAUGGGUUUUGGAUUAAAAUUGAUUUUUUUUUGUUACAGAUCACACCGUACUCUUGCCUAUUCUCACCAAUUGUACUUUUGCUAACUCUGAAUCACAUAAAAAAUCAGCGAAAAACCACAAUUCGAUCGAUGGUUCAGCAGAAACAGACACAAUCUUCACAUUUAACAGAGAUGCGGAAAAUGUGGAAUUAG